GGCCCUGUGCAUGUAAAAAAACAAAUGAAACAAUGAGUUAAAAACAAUCGAAUUAAAUAUUCAAUAAUUUCGUAUUUAAAAAUGGAAUUAACAAAUGUUUCAUCAAUUAGUUUAAAUGAUUUUAGUACAAUAUGCCGUGUUUGUUUAGUUGCACGCUCAAAUAUGGUAUCCAUAUCAACGGCACAAAUUUUACAUAUGUUAGAAGAAUGUACUUCUGCACAUGACGAUUGUGAUGGAAAAUUACCCCAACAAAUAUGUAAGAAUUGUUUUUGGCAAUUAAAAAAUGCAUUUCAUUUCAAACAACAAUGCAGCGUUUCCUUAGACAUUCUACGAAAUAUUCUACAAAAUGAUGAGAAUGCCGAAAAUAAACCAGAAUCUCAAGAAGACAACAGCAUAAUAUCGGCUGUAAAAGUCGAAGUAAUCGAAACACUUGGUGAAUUAAAUAAAUUAAGUACCAAUUCGGAUGUAAACGAGAAUCUAGAAGUGAAAAAAGAAUCAUCGAAUUACACAUUCAAUUCGGAUAUAAAUGAAUAUUCGAAAAAUAGUGAUUUUGAUGAUUUAAAGGAUUCCUUGAACAAUGACGAAUAUUUGGAUGAUUCGUCAUUGUCGAACGAUGAUUGUAAGGAUGAAAGUACCAACGAUGAAUCAAAAGACGAGGAAAAUAAUUUAUCAAACGAACAAACGACACAAACACGAGAACAAAAACAAAAAUCCGUAGCGGAUUUAUUAAUAAAAAAAUAUAAUAUCUACGGUUUAACAUGUAAUAUUUGUCAGAAGGAUUUAAGUAAUCGAUUCUCGAUGUUACGUCACAUGGAAGUACACGAUCAAAAUCGAUCCUUAAAAUACCAUUGUAAGACUUGUAACAAAGGAUUCUAUGCAGCGGAAAAUUUAAAAAAACAUGAGAUCCGUCAUUUAGGUAAAACAAAGUACCAAUGUGAUAAAUGUCCGAAGCGAUUUUAUGUGUUAAGCGCUUUGGGGGUGCAUUGUAAGUCUAGUCACAAAGCGAAACCAAUCACUUGCACUCAAUGCCCUCAACAAUUCUAUCAUCAAUUACAAAUCGAACAACAUAUGCAAACACAUGAAGAGAAGAAAUUUGUUUGUGAAGAUUGUGGAAAAAUUUUCCCAACACGUAAUCGUUUAACAAAACAUAAGAAAAUCCAUUCGGAUGAACGACCCUACAAAUGUGAUAUGUGCGAUAGUGCUUUUAAACAAAAAUUUAAUUUAACAAUUCACAUGAAGCUACGACACUUGGAAACGGAUCGACGUGAAAUGUGUAAUGUUUGUGGGAAAUUAUUUCAUCCGGGUAGUUUACGUGCGCACUUAGAGACACAUAAUACGGAUACAAUUUACAAGUGUGAACAAUGUGGUAAGAUUUAUGCGAAUCGAAUUAUUUUAGGUAAACAUAUUAAUCAAAAACAUAAAAAUGGUGGUACAUCGAAAAAAUAUUAUUGUAAUUUAUGUAAUAAGGCGUUAGGAAGUUCGGGAAGUUUACGUAAGCAUAUGGUUGUAAUGCAUACAACGUUGGAGAAAAGUGAAUGUCAUAUUUGUGGCAAAACCUAUAAGUCUCAAAAUGGUGUUAAAGUACACAUUUUAAGUGCACACAUGGAUGAACGACCGCAUAUUUGUCAAACGUGUAAUAAAGCAUUUCAUUCGAAGAAUGUUUUAGAGAAACAUAUGCGUACACAUACCGGGGAACGACCAUUUCCAUGUAAUGUUUGUGGAAAAGCGUUUGGAUUUAAACAAGUGUUAAAAACACAUAUGAAAAUUCAUGCUAAAUAAUUUUCAUUAUUUUAGCCCAGAUUAAUUAGGGAUAGAAGAUGAUGAGGGCCAUAAUUGUGAGUGUUCGUCGCUGACUGAUAUCUAUGCAAAUUGUAAGAGGCUUCUAGUCAUGUUAGAAAGGUGCGGUUUUUGGCAUUCGAAACAAAAUUGUUUGAUACCUGCGGAAAAAAUAAAAAAACUUCAUUUUUUUCUUUUCAACCUUCUCGGAAAAAUCGAAAUUUUAUAGGUAAUGCAGUUUGGCAUGUUUCGAAUGCCAAAAAUCGCGUCUUUCUAGCAUGUCUAGCAGUCUCUCAGAAUUUGUAUAAAAUAGUCAGCGAGUCAGCUAUGGUGAACACCGUCUUCUAUCUCAAAAACGGUCGAGGGCAUGAAAACAGGUUGUUUAUCGAGGAUGUGGAUUCUGAUUAAAAGCACUAGAUAGAAUAUGUCUUAGCUAAAAAACUCAAUACUCGAAGAAGGCUUAUUUGCAAUAAUUGUAAAUAUAUUUUUUAACUUGAUAGAUUGUUUAAAGU